UCAACAGUAGGAGAGCAAAGCAGUGUCUUCACGAACGUCUCUUGUAUUUCUCUACGUUGUGUACUCUCUAAUAGGAGUUUUGUUAGAUAUUUUUUCAAUGGGCUCAAAGGUGAUAUCUAGUGCUAACGAGUUUUAUAAUGUUCUUCGGUCUCUUCAAGAUGAGGAAAGCAAUGAUCCAUGUUUAUAUGAGGAGGACAUCCAAAUAUUAAAGAUGCAUGGAGACCGAAUCCCUGUGCUGAAUAUGUACUAUGGCAACCAGCCAGUCUUCAUCUGUGAAAAAGCUGUUCCAAAAAUAAAUGAAGCUGGUGAUCAACAAAUGACUGAAACAUCAAACUGUACUGAUGAUGAUGAUGAUGAUGAUGCUGAUGAUUAUGCCCGUGCACUCCGGACAGAACUGGGACCACAGCCACUCACAAUCAUGAAAGCAAGGCAGUUGCUGUCUUGGUACAUAUUAUCUCAAAAUGCUAAUGUGUCAGCUGUGGACAACAACCCUGCCUUACACCCUCUGUGGGUACGGUGUGACAUGUCUGACCCAGCUAGAACAACCUGGUUUGGAGCUGAGACUGUCUGCAUUGGCAAUAAAGUAUCUGGUGCCAAAUUAUACUCUGUUACCUGCAAAGGCUCUACUGUCGACAAAAGAUCUCUCAUAACCUUGGAUGAGCUUAAACAGGAGCACAAGAACAGGCGUCACCCAUCCUCGAUGACAAUUAAAGGCAGUGCCAGGUUCAACUUGUUUGGCUCUACUGUUGUUGAAAACACCAUGAUUGAGUCACAGAGCAGUGUGACAGUGGAUUUCAAAUGGAACCACGUGGAGAGUAUCCUUGAGACCCCACCCCUGUCCUCUACAGCAACACUGAAUAUCAAAGUUGCCAGCGGGGACAUGAGGAGCCCAAUGUUUGAGAUGUACAGGGAGCUAGAGUUUCUUCAGACUCUUGCUGAUGGUUUGAGAACUGGUGAAACUGAAUGGAUGGAACCUUUGGAAAGCACAUCAGCAGUAAAUCUGACCAAGGCCUUCCUGGAAGAGCUUCAGAGCACUGCAAAGACACUGCAGGACCAGGCUGCAAAACCAGCAGAGACCACAAAGCUGAAGUCUGAAACGGACACCCCCAUUUUCAACUCUCUUUUGGAACGAGGUGAUUUGGAUUUUGUGGAGCAGCUGUGGGUUCGGAUGAGAAAGAGUGUGACUUCAUAUCAAGACGUAGGAGACUGCCUGAAAUUGGUAGUUGAGGCUCUAAGAUACGGCGACAUCAAACCCUGGAUUCACAGAGACAGCAGUAGCUCCCUCAGCAAGCUCAUCCUGCAGUCCUACCACCAGCAAAUCGAUCAUGUGUCUCUCACAGGUGUCACUCCUGUCCACAUGCUGCUAGAGAUGGGUCUGGACAAGAUGAGAAAGGAUUACAUAAACUACCUCAUUGGUGAGGAAUUGACAACUCUGAACCACUUGUGUUAUUACCUGAGCACAGAGGUGGAUCUGCAGGAACAAGUGAUUCGACUCAGAAAACUGCAUCACGUGCUGGAAAUAAUUUUGACCUGCAGUACUUUCCUGGGCUUGCCCUACGACCGGCUCUUCCUUCUCACACAGUCAUGUUUGCAGCACUACAAGACAUACCCGUACGAUGAGGAGCAUGAAUUCAAACUGCAAAUCAAACCCACGCUGAUCAGCCAUUUCUACCAGAAGGAGCAGCCAAUAGUGUGGGGGGUUGAGGUGUCCAGUGGCCACGGUCCUCGUGAGGUCAGGACAUCCUUACAGCUCAGUGACAGACCGUUGGUUGAUCACGUCAUCUUUGAAACAGAUUACCCAAACGAAACAGUGAAUGGGGACAGUGAGGAUCCUGCCUUCUUCUCCACCAUGGUGUGUUGCAGUCUCAUCAACUUUGCAUGAAUUUACACAGAACACAACUGAACAACAAAGGAGGUGUUUAUUGUCAUUUUUGAUAUUCUCAUCAGGAAUUAACAUGUUUUAAAAUUAGGACCUAGCCAGAUGACCUUGUUUUGCAUCACAAAGUGUACAUGUACAACUAUAGAGUGUUCUGGUAUUAUACUGUAUUUUUGUCAGAUGUUUUAAAUGAACUUUCAGUCCUCUGUAUGUAUGUUCUGUAACGAUGUCAUAGGUUUUCUAAUUGCAUCUUUAUUAUCACAUUUGCUGAAUCUUCUCCUGAAACAACUCCUAGUUGAAACCAAAUGAAAAAACAAAGUACAGUUGCUCACAAGGGUGGUUUGCAAUGGUAAUAUUCCACAGCAAUGUUUUAAAAUCCAACAUGUUGAAGGGCUGUCCACACUGUUUGAGUGUCCUAAAUUCAUUUUUUUAGGCUAAACCAAUGUUUUUACAGCAAACACUGUAUGCACAUCAAAUUAAUGAAGUCACUAAUUCUCGUGAAAUUCAGUUCAAAUAAUGUAUUUAUGUUCAAACAUGAUCCAUUAAAGAAAGGAUGCAC